GUUUACAAUUUGUUUUUUAAUCACUUCGCGGCUUGUUAUUCGUGUUUCAUUCAUAGAUCAAUCCAGUUACGUUAAGCUCCAGCUCUUACUGGAAGGAAACGGAAUAUUCAAACGUUUGCUGUAAGUGCUGGGCGGGGCUUCAUCUCACAAAUGAUAAGACUAUUCCGUCAGCUGCAAACUCUGACCAAGAAAGCCUUCAGCAGGAAAUAUCUCCUCUACACCAACGUUGCGAUCUCGAUUAGCUUAUCAGGUGUCGGUGACAUAAUUGAGCAGCAUUACGAAAUCUACACCAACAGCUUGGAAUGUUGGGACCGUCAGCGGACGCGCCAGAUGUCCAUCUCCGGCAUGACCGUGGGCAUCUUUUGCCACAACUGGUACAACUUCAUGGAUCGGAGAUUCCCCGGACGAACACUUGGCAUCGUGUUGAAGAAAGUGCUGAUCGAUCAAACCGUGGCGUCGCCGAUAGUGAUCUUCCUGUUCUUCAUCACGUUAGGUGUUCUGAGGAAAGCCACUGUAGAUGAAACGAUCGUAGAAAUCAAGGAUAAAUUUAUUCGACUGUACACCGCCGAAUGGGUGGUGUGGCCACCGGCUCAGUUAUUUAAUUUUUAUCUGCUACCCAAUAGGUACCGGGUACUUUACGAUAAUACCAUAUCGUUAGGGUAUGAUGUCUACACUAGCUACGUUAUAAACGAUCGUGUUGACCGUGAUGGGAGCUCCUAACGAUGAAGCAAUUACCACCAGUGAAGGUGUUCGGUAGUUAAAGAGAAUAAACGUUCAAAGUGUUUUACGUGCGCGAGGAGUCAUCUGUAGGCUCAAAUAUGUACACCUACAUAUCAUUAGUUACCACUUUAAUUGUAAUAUUUUGAUUUUUGAGAAUUAUUAAUGAACAAGCCACUUUAUAGUGUAUGAGAGAGCAA